AUGGUGACCGCGAUUAUGGCGCCAAUAGUAGAUCCAGGAUCUCCUAAUGCAGCCUCUAGUAAGAUCACUGGCACUUCUACCAUCGAAGACCAUCCAGAUGGCGCAGAGAUCCGUCGUCAAGUAGAGUUCUACUUCUCUGAUGAAAACCUUCCUACAGACAGACAUUUACUACAAUGCUGUGGUGGGCGUGAGAACCUUCCUGUCUCAAUCAGUCGCAUCCGCGGUUUUCAGAAGAUGCGACACUACAAGCCCAAGACCCUCGUUACUGCAGCUCUCCGCUUGAGCGCCUUCCUGGAAGUCUCUGCUGACGGAAAGACUAUCAAGCGCAAGGUACCUCUGACCGGAAAGAACAUCCUUGAUCCAGACUACUUCGAUGCUGAAGAUGACAAUGAUAUCGCCUACGCCCCAGGUUCUCGAAGGGCCAAAGCCCAGCGACCAGCUCAGUAUCCAGUACCACUACUCCCCCAGACGAAGACGAAGCACCCCGAAGAAGUGUCUAAGAAUAUGCUCAAAGCUACUGGGUUUGAGAAGGCUUACGUGGAGCCUGUUCUCACCCCUGCUGAAGCUGCAGAAGAAGAAGAGAUGUACGCUCUUACCAAGUCAUUUGUCGAGCGCAUUGAGAUCGCUAUCCAGCGCUUCAAGCAAAAGCGUCGCAUGCAUGAGAUGUAUGCACAUGUCUUCAACAAGCUCAUGCGAUUCGGUGGAGUAGAAUCCGGCCCUCGCAUGUACCAAGGACUCUCCAAGCACGAAAUGAACGAGAUGGGUCCGGAGGAGCUGGCAAGGGCUCUCGCCAUCCACAACGUGCCCUGGAACCGCUCUGAUGAGAACAAGUGGGUCGUAGACUUCGUAGCUGUCUGCAAAGCGUUCCUAUCGUCUUGGUACCCUGCCCACUAUGGCUAUGCGUCGCACGCUGUCAAGAACGCUUGUCAAGUCCCCCGCUCCUUCCUCGGGUAUCUUCGCUUCCACCGUGUCUGUCCCGAAUUCGACGAUCAGCUUGCCACUGCACUUCAAAUCUGCGACCAGGCUGAGAGGGAGCUUCCCAGAGUCAACUCCGUAGGUCUUGCUCUACCCGGAGACUUCAACAAGUCUGCCAGCGUCGUCUUCGGUGGUGCUCAGGCUGGCAUGUAUAUUGGCAACAAGUUGUGGGCUGAAGACCUGAAGAAGGACGGCCUGGCCGUUACCGAGAUCGGUAUCCAAGAUGAAGAAGCCAGGAUCAAAUUCGGCACCGGCAUUGCCGUGCUGGGCUCAGACGCGCAGUAUGACAUGUUUGAGUCUAGAGACUUGAAGGUCCUCAGCAAGGAGACUGCUUAUCUUGAGGUCACUGCCAUUAGCCUCCCCAAUGAUGAUAUCAGGACUGCCUAUGCAGAGCAGAGCAAGGUCUUCAAACAUAAGCUCAGACAGCUGGAACCUCUCGGCAAGCUUGUCUGCAAGACUUGGUAUACGGACGACUGCGACGACUACGACCUACCCAAGGACAAGAACAAGUACCUCAACGGCAAGCCACGGAAAGCUGGUGAUGGCAAAGAGUACGAGUUCUGGAUCGAGGAGAGCGUUCUUAAGGACUGUUUCGUGGGCUUGAAGAUGCAUGCCAACAUCCUACUCCUUUCCGGUGGUCUCGCCAUCCUCGACGACAUCAAGGAGACCAUGUGCAGCUUCUAUACUUGGAUUCCGAAUGAGCUAUGGAUGGAGAGAAAGCCCAAGGAAGUGCGAUGGUUGAAGAAGGGCAUGGGUCUUGACGAUGACGAGGAAGAAGAGGUUGAGAUCAAUGGUGAGAACAAAGCGAGUGCGGAUAAGGAUGCUUCCGAUGACGAAUUUGAUGACGAGUGA